AUGCGGCUCAUAUUUCUUGCUAUCAUUUUGAUUAAUAUCGCAGGAUUAUCAACAGCCGAAACACCAUGGUAUUAUCCCCUCAUCGAAAUUAUACAGGCGAAGUUGGUGGAUUUUACGUGCACGCAAGAAUGUUCCACAACACUUGAUUGCGCGACAGGAUUAAGCUGCUUUCAAGCAACUUCCACAGCCAAGGGUUGCUGCUUAAUGGCCCUGAAACCUAAUGAAACUGGAUGUAUCGUAGAAGAUCAAUGCAAGCAAGCAUGCGAAAGUACUGUGUGUGAUCAAACUCAAUACCCUUCGAGAUGUUUAUGCGAAAAAGGGCAUCAUUUUCUUUUCAAUAAAUGCUGGAAAAAAUGCCCCGAAUUUGCGCAUCCCGAACCAAUCGUCGAUGAGCGAGGAUUCAGUCGAUGUGAAUUGAAGACCGACCUCAAAACCGCGUUUCAAUACAUGCGUAGAAAUAAGCGACAACUUCGAGGAAAUUUUUGCUAA